AUGCCUAAUGAUUGGAAAUUUAUCUGUGGCAUAUUUCUUGGUUAUGACUGGAUAAUGCCUAAGAAAAGUAAAAAGGCAAGAAGUACCAAGUUGAAAGAAAAUAAAGAAAGAAUGAGAAAGAGGACACAGGAAAAAAAUAAUAAUUUUAGAGAUGAAAAUGAAAUAGAAAGUAUAUUAGAGAAUAGAAUUGAACAUUUAUAUGAGAAUGAAAAUGAAAAACUAGAUCAGAGUCUCAGCUCUACAAACAAACAAUAUGUGAGAAAUAAAGAUGAUGAUAAUCUAUAUCAAAAUACAAGUGAUAUACAAAAUCAGACUGAAAAACUAGACCAGAAUCAUGUUGAAAAACUUCAUAAAAAUAGCAUUGAAAAACUGGAUAAAAAUCGGAUUGGAAAACUGGAUAAAAAUCGGAUUGGAAAACUGGAUAAAAAGCUGUUUAAAAAACUGGAUGAAAAUCAGAUAAAAAAACCGGAUCAAAAUCAGAUUGAAAAAAGGGAUGAAAAUAGGAUUAUUAAAAAGAAGUAUAAACAUUUGAUUGAACAACUAGAUCUAAACCACAACUCACUUAUUUGUCCAUAUACAGAAACAGAUAGUGAAAUAGUUCAAUUUGAACAAUAUCAGAACAAAAUAAAGAACAAACCUACAUCCAAAUCGCAAUGUAACAAAAAAAAAACCACAGCUGUGGUUAAGAAUUACGUAAAGGUUAUUAGAUCAGAUAUUAGAAAUACAAUUGUACAAGGUAGUUUUCACCAAGGAGAUAUAAGGUUUGGUUUAAACAGUGGUAAGCAAUGUGUGGCAAACUGUUGUUCAGCUCUUGCUUUUAGUAAAUUGAAAGAUUUAACCUACUGGGAUCAAAAAUAUUUAGAUAAGGUUCUGAUUUAUGGAAAUGAUUUAUAUAGCCGUGUUAGUGGUAAUAAUCAUCACUUAUUAAUAUCCGACCUACCAACAAUAUUAGAUAUUUCAGGAAAAUUGAUGGAAAUGACACUAAAAGAGUCAAUAUCAGCUGUAAUAGAUACAUCUGAAACCAUUGAUUUUAGUGAAUUUGGUAAUUCUUUGCCAUUAGACCAAGCUUUACAGGAAUCACUUGUAGAUUAUGAUGCUUGCUUUAUAUGUGCAUAUGAUACUUCAUUUUUAGCUUUGAAACAUGGUCAAGACUUUUUUUUGUUUGAUUCACAUGCAAGAAACGAGUUUGGUUUAAAGCACAGUAAUGGCAAAAGUUUACUUUUGAAAUUGAGCAGCCUAGAUCAUCUGUAUCAAUACUGUUGCAACAUGGUAUUAGGACCCAGUCAAAAUCAGUGGUUUGAAGUUACAGGAGUAAGCAUCUCUAUAGUUGGAGAACCUGUUAUGUACAACAAUGAAGUUCCUGAAAACCAUGAACAAAUGAACAACACUGACUAUAACGAUAUUGAAAAUCAUGCACCAAUUGACACCAGUGACUAUGAGCUACCUGAAAUUGUCGUCGUAAAAAACGAGAAAAGUCCAGAACUUCCAAAAAAAAUAAAUCCAAUGUUUGACAUCUGUAGCUCUGAAAGUAAUGCAGAUGUGCCUUUUAUUGAUGAUAUGAACAAGGAUGAAUCUGAUGUCGAAAUUGUGUCUGCAACUGACUUGUCUUAUGAUUUUAAACCAAUAAACACUGUUGCAAAGAAAAGGCUUUGUCUCAUUCCAAGAUUUAAAACUGUCAAAGAGCACAUACAGACUCUCCAGAUGAACGAAAAUAAUGUAUGGGGAACUGAGUUGGAGAUUAUAGCAUGUGCAGACCUGCUUAAAACUGACAUUUACACUUAUUUCAAUGAUUCAUGGAUUAAAUAUUCUUCAUCUCAAUUAUGUAGCAAAAACAAAAUUAAUGAUCAGGCUAUUUAUCUUCAACAUCUGACUGCCAUCAAUCAUUACGAAGUUGUCACAGCUGUAACUCAAAAGUCAAGGUUUCAAAACAGAAUGCUAUCUAGUCUAGUUAGAAGGGAAAAGUAUGAAUUUGAAAGAAAAUAUGAGGUGCCAACUUCAAAAACAAAUGAUUCUGAUAACUUUUGGAAUGAUGAAUUGAAAGUCUUAUCAAAAGCUGAAAAAGAAAGGAUGAGAUACAGGAAAGAUGAGGAAUUUAAGGCAAGAAAGACUUCCACACUGAAAAGAAAAUAUUGGGAAAAUGAAGGAACACGUUUAAAAAAAAUUAAGAAGUAUGAAGAAGAUCAGACAUUUAGAGAUAAUUUAAAGCAAGCAGGUAUUAAGAAAUAUCGAGAGGACAAGGAAUACAGAGAUGCGUUAAUAGAAUCUGGAACUCAGAAAUAUAAAACAGAUGAGGAUUACAGAGAUUCCUUAAUUCGAGCUGGAAAAGAAAAGUAUCAGGAAGACAAAGAUUACAGAGAUAACUUAAUACAAUCUGGUAUUCAAAAAUAUCAAGAAAAUGACGAGUACAGAGAAAAAUUGAAACGAGCUAGUAUAAAUAAAUAUGAAGAAGAUGAAAAACACAAGAAACAUGUCAAACAAGCAAGUGUACAAAAGUAUAAGGAAGAUGAAAAUCACAAGAAACUAGUGAAACAAGCUAGUGUACAAAAGUAUAAGGAAGAUGAAAACCACAAAGAACAUGUGAAACAAGCUAGUGUACAAAAGUAUAAGGAAGAUGAAAACCACAAAGAACAUGUGAAAUUAGCUAGUGUACAAAAGUAUAAGGAAGAUGAAAAGCAUAAAGAACAUGUGAAACAAGUAAGUGUACAAAAGUAUAAGGAAGAUGAAAAACAUAAAGAACAUGUGAAACAAGUAAGUGUACAAAAGUAUAAGGAAGAUGAGAAGCACAGAGAACAUGUGAAACAAGUCAGUGUACAAAAGUAUAAGGAAGACGAAAAGCACAAAGAACAUGUUAAACAAGCAAGUAUACAGAAGUAUGCAGAUGAUGAUUCACAUAGAUGUAAAACACCUGCAGAGUCGUUUUCAAAUGGUUUAAUGCUUGAAGAUGUUCCUUUAGAAUUAAAACAGCUAAAUGCAAUAGAGCAACAACUUAUAGCCCUGAACAUUCCAUUCAUGAAGAUAAUGGCUCUACCAAAAGGAGGACAAAAAGGGGUUCAUGGACCUGUAGUUUGUGUGCCGUCUGAUUUGACAAAAGUUACAACAAUACUACCACGAUCAGAAGAUGAAAGUCUUUUACUUAAGGUUAAACUGAAGAGAAAGCUCAACUACAAAGGCUAUGAAAAAUAUCAAUUUGUAAGACCAAACCAUUUGGAGCAAGCACUUGUGUAUUUAAAGGAUACAAACGUAUGGUAUAAAGAUGUCGCUAUCAAUGACGAAUGGAUAAACCCUAUUCCUGAGAUAAAUGAUGAUGAAGUAGUGAAUGAUGAAACUGAAUCUGAUUCUACUGAGUCGGUCAGGAAUAAUAAAAUACAGAAAGAUGCGUCAAACAUGUCAAAGUCUUCAAAAGAAAGCAAUGAAAGAGAAGAAGAAAGCGAACAGUAUAGCUAUAUUGAUGAUAGGUUACGUGGUGUUCAGUUAGAUACUUGUUUACAACCUGCUGACAUAGGUCAAGAGGCUUUAGAUUUAUGCUUUGAUCAAGUAUUUAAUUUAGCUCCAGCAGAAAAUAACAAUCCACUUAGUGUUCUAAAAGAACCAGGUAUUGAAGCUAAAACCUUUCCUGUGCACUUUCCAUCAGGUAAAAAUACUUCGGAUGAAGACCGUGAUGAAAAACUAACAAUUGGAAGAUACUUUAAUCUUCGAUUAAUGAGUGUUGAAAAUAGAUUUGCUAGAGAUACCAACUACAUAUUUUUCAGUCAAUAUUUAACAGAGCUCAGUAGCGUGAUUUCAAACGUUCAGAUAUCUCUUAGAAAACAAUGUCCUUUUUCGAAAGAAGGAAAGAAAGUUACAAGAGAAAUGCUUUGCAACAAGGAAACCUUAAAAGAAUUAUUUAAGAAAGAUGAAGCUAUAAAAUAUUUAAAACCCAUUCGUGGAACUCCUCCCUAUUGGCAAAGCUCACAAAAAGAUAUAUUUGCAAUGAUAAGACAGUUAGGAGUUCCCACAUUCUUCUGUUCUUUUUCUUCUGCAGACUUCAGAUGGUCAGAAAUUAUAAACAUAAUUUUAAAACAGCAAGGUGACACGAGAAAUAGUGAAAAUAUGACAUGGGAUGAAAAAUGUAAAGUUCUGUGUAGCAAUCCUGUUACAGCAGUAAGAAUGUUUGAUCAUAGAUUUCAUAUGUUUCUGAAGGAUGUUAUCAUGUCAGAAGCUCAACCAAUAGGGAAAGUAAUCGACUAUUUUUACCGAGUUGAAUUUCAACAAAGAGGUUCUCCCCACACACAUUGUUUGUUUUGGGUAGAAAAUGCUCCAAAAUUUGGCGAAGAUGAUAUUGAUGACAUUAUUACCUUUAUUGACAAGUACAUAACAUGUGAGAUACCAGAUGAAAAGGAAGACAAAGAAUUGCAUGACAUUGUUAUGGCAGUACACCAACACAGUAAAAAACAUUCAAAAUCAUGUAAGAAAAAGGGAACAGUAUGUCGUUUUAAUUUCCCAAGACCUCCCUCAACUAGAACAUUUAUCUCAGAACCAAGUGAUCCAGAUGAAGAUUCAAAGGACGAUGAAGAAUUAGCAAAGGAAAUAUUGUCCGACUUAUGGGAAGUUAUAAAAAAGCAUGAAGAUGAAAACUUAGAUGUUUCUGAAAUUUUCAAGAAGAUAGGACUUGCUCAAGAAAGCUUCGAAACAUAUUAUCGUUUUAUCACCAAUCGCAAUACAGUAGUUCUCAAACGUCAGCCAAAUGAAAUAUACACCAAUCAGUAUAACCCACAUCUUUUGAGGGCUUGGGAUGCAAAUAUGGACAUACAAUAUAUUUUGGAUGCAUUUUCCUGUGUUGUAUACAUUAUAAGUUAUAUAAGUAAAGCUGAGAGAGAGCUAGGAUUACUCCUGCAACAGACUAAAAAUGAAGCAGAAGAAGGAAAUCUAAAUGCUCAACAGACUAUGAAAAAAGUUGGAACUUCAUAUUUACACCAUAGAGAGAUAAGCGCACAAGAAGCAGUGUUUAGAGUUACUGGAUUGAGAUUACGAGAGUGUUCAAGGAAAGUAGAAUUUAUACCUGUUGGUGAAAAUCCAUGUAGAAUGAGCGUUCCUUUGAAAGACCUAGAGAAACAACAAAAUUGUAAGUCUUCUAAAAGAAAAAGACAUAAUAGUGACAGUGAAGAUGAAGAUGAAGAUGAAAAUAGUACUUGGAUGAACAACAUUGUUGAUAGAUAUAAAGGAAGACCACAUAUUGAUAUCUUUAUCAAAUUGUGUCUUGCAAGAUUCACUUCUGAAUACAGUGUUAUUCUAGAAUCACAAUUACCACAGAAAAUUAAUAAAGACACAACCUUCAAACUUGAUGGCUCACUUGGGUAUAUUAGAAAACGCACAAGAACUUCACCUGCAGUUAUAAAAUAUCCUCGUUUCUCUCCGGAAAAUUCCCCAGAAAAAUAUUAUCAAAGCAUUUUGCAACUGUAUUUGCCAUACAGAUAUGAUGAACAGUUAAAACCACUCUUAUUUCAAACAUAUGAGAAUUUCUUCACAUGUGGAAGAGUUAAGUUUCAAGGGGAUAACACAUUAAGUUCUGUGAAAGAAAUUGUUAUCAAAAACAUGUCAGACUUUGUGAAAAAUGGUCAUGAUUUAGAGGAAGCAGAAAAGCAAUUUCAUGAAAAAGAUCCUAAAGAAGAUGCUUGGUGUGAGUUAUGCCCAGAAGCAGAAGUGAAUAGAAGAGAAUGUAUAGAUGAAGGCAAAGUAUCUAGUGUGAUUGAGGAGGAUUUAUCAAUACCAGAUUUGAAUGAAAAGAGCUCAUCAUCUGUUGGAACUAAUUUGCUGUCUGUUUCUCUCACAAAAAAUGAAGUUAUUCCAAGGCUAAGAAGUUUGAAUGUGAAACAGAGAAGAAUUCUCUAUAAAGUAAGAGAUUGGUGCAUUCAAAAAGCAAACGGAAAAACACCAGAGCCUUUACAUUUAUUUAUCACUGGAGGAGCUGGAACGGCUCCAACUGGAACGGCUGCAUUUAAUAUCCAUGGAUUGACAAUUCAUAGUGCUCUUGGAAUUUUCAAAUCACUCUCACCUGAUCAUGCAACUCUUAGUGAAGACAAAAUUAAUUCGCUCAGAUCAAAGUUAGAACAUUUGCAAAUCUUGAUAAUUGAUGAAAUUUCAAUGGUCAAUAAGAAAUUGUUGUUUUUCGUUCAUGAGCGACUCAGACAGGUUAAAAAAAGACCAGACAAUUGUUUAUUUGGAGGUGUUUCAAUAAUUGCUGUUGGCGAUUUUUAUCAGUUACCACCUGUUCGAACAAAAAGGGUAGACAAAUUGUAUGUAGAUGACCCUUCUAAUCCCUCAAAUCAGCUAUGGAAUGGCUUGUUUGAAAUUGCCGAGUUGGAUGAAAUAAUGCGUCAACGUGAGGAUGGAAUGUUUGCUGAACUACUAAAUAGAUUGCGUGUUAAGCAGAAAAAUGAAAGUUUGUCAUCAUCUGAUAAAAAAACAUUACAACACUGCUUUGGUGAUAGCCCCGAUGAAGCCUUGCACAUAUAUUCUACAAAUGCAGAGGUUGACACCUUUAACAAGGAGAUGAUAAUGAAGCAAUGUACAGAAUCAAAACUGAUUGAGGCACAAGAUUUCCAAAAAGACAAAACUUCGGGGAAAUUGACUCUGAAAAAAGUACAUUGUUUAAAGUCAGAUGUCUGUCUCCCAAUAUCUAUUCUUUUAGCUGAGGGAGCAAGAGUAAUGCUAAUCAAGAAUGAGGACACAGCAGAUGGUUUAGUAAAUGGUGUAAUGGGAACUGUUAUAUCUAUCAAAGACUUCUCACCAAAUUCCCUCCCAAGUAUAAUAUAUGUUCACUUUGACAAUGAAAGAGUAGGAAGAAAUGCAAAGGUACAAAAACUCAUCAGUGGAAAACACUGUGUUGGAUUGAAACCUUCAAGUGAAGACAUUCCUUUAAGCAAUUGUGUAAGAAAACAGUUUCCAUUGAAGUUAGCCUGGGCUUGCACAAUUCACAAAGUUCAAGGAUUAACAGUUGAAGAAUGUGUUGUUGAUCUGAAUAAAUGUUUCACAUAUGGUCAGGCAUAUGUAGCCCUUAGCAGAGUUACAUCAAAAUCUGGUUUACACAUUGAAAGCAUAGAAGCUGAAAAAAUUGACAAGAAAAUCUUCUGCGAUCCUGAUAUUGUAAAGGGUGUUUCAGAAAUGACAAGAUUUUUGCCUGAAAUGGAGAAUACAGCAGAGGAACAUACACAAUCUUUCCAGAUAAUGUAUCACAAUAUUCAAGGUUUACAGACUCAUGCAGAAGAUAUUAAACAAAAUCCAGACUUUAGAAGUGCGGAUUACAUUUGUCUUACUGAAACCUGGGCUAAUCAAGAAUUCACUUGCUUUGAAAUGGUUGGAUAUGAUGGUUUUCAUUUGCCCAGAUCUCUAGCUUUUCAAGAAGAUGAUUCUUAUUAUUCUUCUUUAAAGGAAAUGCAGCAUGGUGGUGUGUGUGUUUUUCACAAGCUUUCUUCAGAAACAGAAUUGUGCAACUUGACAUCAAACUUAGAAUGUAUAGUUUUCAAGAUUCCAAGUAGAAAUGUUUUUGUUGCUACUGUUUACAGAACCCAGAGGUAUAAUCUAGGAAAAUUUAUGGAGAACAUGGAAACAUUAAUCUGUAAAUUGGAAGACUUAUCAGAAAGAGUUGUUGUAAUUGGCGAUUUCAAUCAAGAUAUUUUGAAAGGUGGCUGUACAGUAUUAAGUUUCAUGUUAUCAAAAGGUUUCAGACAACUUGUUAGUAGUCCAACAACAGAAGGUGGAACUCUUAUUGAUCAUGUGUAUGUAAAAGGAUGUCAUGAUACACAGGUUACAAUUAUUCCAACAUAUUACAGCUAUCAUGAGGCACUGAAAAUAGUUGUUCCAUAUGACUAA